AUGUUCCGCAGCGAACAGCCUAUCUACGAGUCGUCCAGGGCACGCUGUGAAAGGGAUUCGGUCAAUGAGGUGCAACUUCUCACCUUUGAUGUGAGUAAUCGAUACGUUUUGCUUGUGGCAAACGGUCCUAAUGAAUGGAGGCUUCCGGGAUUUCUUUCUGACACGGUAGAUGUCACCCCGACACAUGAUGUGUGCAGCGCUGCUAAGACAGUCAUUGGUAUAGAAUUUCCGUUCAUUGUUCUUCGAGAUUGUUACUUUGAAGAGUGGUCCGUUGAAACCGAUGAUCAUUCAGACUCGGGAAGCCGCGGUAUUAUCGUUGUUGGGUGCCGUGAGAAAUCUGAACGAGUGCCUUCUGGAUGCAGUUGGGUGGCCAUCACCGAUAAUCACGGAGCGGGUGUCGUCCAUGUCUCGCACUCGGAGAAAGGAGCGGAGCAAGCUAUUCGACGAGAACUAAAACAGGCCGCAGCCAACGUUUCGCCGCCUCGACGGGUGCCUUGGGCCUCUGUCGAAUGGCACCACGAAACGCUUCGAAAAGUGCGCGAAAUAAUGCGUGGACACAAUUUGCAUGUGAUGGGGGAUCUGGUUCAGAUCCGUACGUCCUACAGAGGAGCCGUGCUAAAGAUCAAGACGAAUGAGGGUGAUUACUACCUAAAAUGCAGCCCAUCCACGUCGAACGAUGCUGGAGUGACGUCAAUAAUGUCAAGCGUUGCUCCCGAUCUUGUCGCCAAGCCGUUGUUUGCAGACGUGGAAAGUCGUCAAAUGAUCCUUACCGACCACGGUGACGAGACUGGCCUGUGUAGAUUGGAACUUGAAGGGCGUAAGCAGGUGGUAAGAGACACGGUGCGUCUGCACCGCGCAAGCAGAAGUGUGUUGCCCGAUUUGUUGCAGGCCGGGCUACCAUGUUAUUCACCGCUGUGGAUGCGUGAGAACUUGACCUCACUUUUUCAGUCUAAGGAGCUUUUGUCUGUGCGGGAAACGGAACCAAGCCAGAAGCUGUCAAACACCAAGGUCAAGCUGCAAGAAUGCCUGACGGAACUUAUUAGUUGGGAAAUGCCAAAUUGUUUGAUACACAAUGACGCGUUGGAAGGGAACCUAACCAGGAAGAGCGCCGAUGAGGGUCCAGGGUUCCGGUUUUUUGACUUUGAUAGCUCUUUCGCAAGCCAUCCUUUGUUUGAUGUGCACUGGUGCAACCGGGAAUUGUUGGAGGUCUAUGCACAGGAAAUGAACAUAGCUGACAUUGAUGGAUUGUAUAGCGUGAAGAAGAAAACCUCUUAUCUUUCACGGCUCGUGCGAGCAUAUAUAUACUUGGACAAGGCUAGGGAAGCGGAAGACGGUGCUCCCCGGGAAGACGCCCUUCAAUGGCUAGAGAACAGUGUUCGUUUCUUGCUGAGCUGACUAAAGACGGAAAGGGUGACCACAUAUUUUUGGGCUGAGUUAACUAACGUGUACGAUGUUGUAGUCUGGGACGAGUGGUUCUGCAGUUGGCAUCAGCUCUAUGCGCUUCAUAAUGAAUAUAAAGAAAGCGCGAAAGGUUUGGCGGGAACAUCAACGUCAGGACGACAGUAGAGGCCUGAAAGUGUCCGGUUCUCGUUUUGCAUGCAUCACCCGGCUUUAUCCCUGUGCUGAAAAAAAGAACAUUUUUGAAAACAGAAAAAAGCAGUUUUCCGAGACAUACACACACUGCACCGCGGUCGCCGGAUUCGUAGUAGACAGAGGACAAGGAGGGGCGCGUUCACUGGACACAGGGAUAGGGGGCGCAGCGUUGGGAUGAGUGCGGGCGGAAGACAUGUGGUAUCUGCAUCCUGGGACGAGACCGUGCGGAUGUGGGACGUGGA